UUGAAUAUGUAUAGAAAGAUUAAAAUUUCAAGCACGGAAUAGUUAUAGUUGUAACUAACGUAUAAUGUACAUAGUAGUUGUAAGUUGUAAGUUGUUUGGUUAAUGUAGUAAUUUUCGUUUACCGUGCAACGUGUUAUUAUUUAUGUACAGUGUUCUGCAUUUUUACCAGAAGAUGUACAAACCUAUACACAUGUGACAAAAAAUUGUGUUUUUACUGACAUAUAUUCAUAAAUCUACAUAUUUAAUUUUAUACUGUCCUGUGCAUGUAAAUAUAUAGUGUAUUGAAUAUUAGUUUAUGAUUAAGAUUUUAUAAUAUAAAUGUGAUAUCUAAUAUCAUAAUGAACGUUGUUUGAUGAACUUAAAAAUAAAAUAUAAUUUUAUUUCGGAGAAUUAUAAACGUAAUUUCUGGACAUUAUGAAUGAUUUGGAUGCAGAAGAUUCCCUAACAAAAUUAAAUACUCAAUUGAAUAGAUCAAUGGUUUUGAUGGAUACUACAAUAGAUAAUGAGCCAUCUACACCGAAAAGUAACAGAUCCAUAACGAUCAAUACAAAAAUUCAACCAGCCAGUCCUGCUAAUGCUCCUCCUAAACGUAGGAAGAGUAUUUUAAAGAAGAUUGGUACAAGAGAUGAUAAAAGGAGACAUGAAACAGAAACAUGGAACACACAAAAUGAGAGGGAGAUGCUAAAUAAUACAAACAAUGAUACAAUAUCAAUGAACAAACCAACUGCUUCUAGACCUCAUAAUAUUAAAGAUUUAGUUAAAAAAGAAAGCUUAAUUGUGGAAGCCACAGAUUCUACAUUUAAUUUAGAUAACAUAUCUGACAGUGAAGACAUAUGGAUAAUGGAUAUUCCUGGAACAAUUGAUCCAAAAGAACUUAAAGGUCAAACAUUAAUGUUUGGAGAAAAGUCAAAACUUAAAAUUAAGGAAGAACGAUAUUAUGCAGUGAAUCAUGGUACUAGAUCCAAUAUCACUUGUGUAUUCAACACUGGGAAAGUAAAAUCACAAUAUAAAACAGUUAAUGUGAAACCUAUGGGCACAAUCAGCAUUAGACGGAAACUUUCAGGUAUCUCAAAAACCAAGCCAAUGCAAAUAGAAAACACUAGUGUACCAUUUCCUGAAAAUCUGAAAGUUCGUCACCCUUUAUUUGGUGUAAGUUAUGAAGGUAAAAGUAGAAAGAAUGCAAUAAAGUAAUUUUUCAGAAACAAUCCAUUAUAACCCUAGAGAACAAACAUUGCUAAAACAUGAUAUAUUGUUAAUAAUUGUUAUUUAGUGUAAUUUGGUAUAAGUUAUAAAAGAUUAAGUGUUCAACUUUUUUGCAAAAAAAAGUUAUAUUAAUAUGAUCAAUCAAUAUAUUUAAUAUACAUAGAUUACAAAAUCUUGUGCACUUUAUAACUUUUUAAAGAAUCUGGCAUACAAAGUUUAUUGUUUGUGCAAAAUGUAAUUCUUUUUUCCUAUAAAAAUAUGAGUUUGCGUAAAA